GGCUGUCCGUGCGAGCGUCCGUCCGUCCGUCCGGCGGGCUCCGCCAUCUCUCUCCACAGGUUUGCUUCUUGAGACCCUCGGCGCGCGUUGCGAUGGGUAAGAGCCGGACGAAGCGCUUUAGACGCCCUCAGUUCUCGCCGACGGGCGACUGUCAGGCCGAAGCGGCGGCGGCGAACGGGACGGAGGCGGAGGACGACGACGGGCCGGCGGCUGAGCUGCUGGAGAAGCUGGAGCACCCGAGCGCCGAGGUCCGCGAGUGCGCGUGCGCCGGGCUGGCCCGCUUGGUGCAGCAGAGACCUGCGCUGCCCGCGCUCACGCGGAGGGAUGCCGUGCGGCGCCUCGGCCCGCUGCUGCUCGACCCCAGCCUGGCCGUCAGGGAGACGGCGGCCGGUGCGCUCAGAAAUCUCAGUGCUUGUGGAGGCUUUGAAGUUUGUGAUGACAUGGUCACUAAGGACAUCAUGACACCUCUGGUCGCUUUGCUGAAAGAGUGUAGGUCUGGACUGGAUUCAGAUGAGAUGUCACCACAGGAAAAAAAGGAUCAGAACAGAAAUUCUGUUGAGACCAUAGCCAAUGAGGCCGUGAACGUGCUGUGGAAUAUAUGCGAAUGCAGUAGUAGAGCAGUAUCUAUAUUCAACAAAGAAGGGUGUCUGGAGAUUGUAUUAAAGUAUUUAAGUAGGUUUUCCACCAAUGUUGACCUGGCUAUUUCAGUAGCCUAUUGUUUGCAGACGGUGACUGAAGAUAACCCAGAGCUGCUAAAAUCUUUCAGUGCCCCAGCACUGCAGGUGCUGGAGUCAGCAAUGCUUUGUCCUGUCACGUCCAUGGAGCACAUUCUCUUGAAGACUUUAGUGGCAGGCACAGUUUGGAAUGUAAAAGACAUUAUUCCAUCCAAAAGCCAGGCAGAAAUCAUAAAUGCCAUACUGAAGAUUUUGUCAGAAGUCUUGGAAAUGGAUGCUGGCAGAGUGGUCAUUCAAAUGAAGGAGGCCGAGACCCAGAGACUGAAAGCUGCUGCCGAGACUGAGGAGAUGAUGGAAAAUGCUAAUAAUGCCGGAGUGGUGGAGGAUGAUGAAAUGGAGGGAGUUCCUCAUAAGAGAAAAGUCAGAAGGAAGACUUUCAUUUCAGAUUUACUUCCAACCACUGACACAGAACUGAGAGAAGCUAUAGCAUUGCUGACAGCCCAGCAGACUGCUCUGGAAAUUAUUGUCAACUUGUGUUGCAGUGAAGAUCCCUCCGAUGAUGAAUGGGAUGAACUUUCCAGCAGUGAUGAAAGUGAUUCUUUUAUGGAGAACUCCAUCAGUGAUUUUGGGGGCCAGCUGCUAUCUCCCCUUUGCCUUUCCCAUGAAAUUCACACUGCUCUCACUCACUACCUCAUCCCAAAGAUGAUAUUUGAGAAAACUGCCUUUCCAGACAGCACUGCAGUUGACCUUUGUUCUAGGCAUCCCACUUGGAAACCUUUGAUUAGAAAGAUGAACACUAUCCAGUGUCGAGCUCUCACAUGUCUCCAGAGUCUGGUCUCUCUCCUGGAUGUGGACCAUCUAGGAGGAGCUCCAGCCCUUCAGACGCUCGCCCAACAUUUAUCCCAGCUGCUUUUUUCUCAGCCAGAUUUUGCUAAGCAUGUUGACUUUCUAGAAGCAAUAAGUAGUGCCUUGAGGGCCCUUUUGCAAACAAUGGCUUCCAAAAAUAUUUCUCAGUGCAUGACUCCUGACCAGCUGAUGACAUUGUGCAAAGCAGGUGUUAACAAUAAUAAUGUCGGGGUUCGAGUUAAUGUUGUCAGUAUUUUAGGAAUCACUGGCAGUGUCCUAGCCAAAGAAGAUGGCUCACUUGAAAAACUUAAGACCAUCGGAUGUUUCCUGCUUGAGGUUGCCAUGAAGGAUCCUUCCCUGGUAGUUGCAGGAGAAGCUUUGGAUGCUCUGUUUGAUGUUUUUGCAGAUGGUAAAGAAGCCGAAAGGGCCUCAGUUCAAAUUAAACUGUUAUCUGCACUGAAAGAAUUCCAGCCCAUCUUCAAAAUGAAGAUAAGAAAAGAAGGGAGAAGUAAAUACAGCCCAGAGCAACUGUGUGUUCUUGACAAUGUGAAGAUGAAUCUGAGAAGGUUCGUUGCUUAUCAAGAAACUGUUGAAAAAAGACUGACUGCUUGAACGUUUGAACGAGAGACCAGCUCGUGCUCCACCUUGUCAGUGCCAAAGAACACUAACAGGAUUCCACAAGGCUAGCUGUACCUUUCUAAAUGUCAUUUUUAAGUGUUUGCAUUCUGUACGUUAAAUUGAAGUGCU